GACUGUCGAGUUCAAAUUUUCCUCUCCAAAGCCCUGUACUCUCUCGCUCUCUCUCUCUCUCUGACUCUCUGGGAGCAUUUUCUCACGAGUUACUAGUAAAAACCUUAGUUUCCUGCUCCUACUGAACUCGUUGCUUCAAUUCUUCUCCAAUUUUCCCCCAAUAAUCUAUAGGCAACGGGGUCGAUCUUAUGGAAAUCGCAUCAGCUGAUGUCGAGCGGUCUUCAGAGGACAAAAUCUCGUUGGUCGACGAGGGGAGAAAGCCGCCAAGAGAAGCUAAAGAUAUAAGGGGAAGGGAAAGCAUAAUAUUUGUUUGCGGCCUUGAUUUGAGGACAAAAUCCAAACAAAGAGGAGAGCGGAAUAAAAUAAAGCAGAAUAAAGCUCGGAACAACUCUCUGAUUUCAGCAACGAAAAGGCUUAUUUUGAAGAGGUUGAUGCCGUUGAACUGUUGGAGGAAAGCCCUUCACCCAAUAUGUUUACUUGGAAGAUGGGCGCAGAUUAUAACUGCAUAGAGCAUGAUUUGACUGCCUUUGUGGGUCGGUGGAGAAGAUUAAAGCUUUUUUUGGGAUGGUGCAUUGCAUGGCCACUUUCUAAGAUAAUGGAAACAAUAUCAGCUUCCUCAAGUUAUACUACUACUGAUGGUUCUGUCAAGCAUGGAGAAAAUUCAACUUUUGAAUUGAGUGAGUGUAAAUUCUAUAGUGCAACACAAAAAUUUACGAAGGACUCUCUUUCAGAGGUUGCCUCAAACUUUUCUAUUGUCCCAAGGCGGUUUUCUUCAGGGAGUGCUAAUAAAAAUUUGAUUAAAGACCUGAGGGCAGAUUCUGUUUUAUCUUCCCUUAGUGCCCUUAGCAUAAAACAAGAGGGAAUCACCAAUGAUGAAUGUGAAAGUGCAAUGGCCUUCUCAAAGAACAAGACAUGUGAGAUGGUUAAGGCUGGUGGCAUGAACGAUUCAGGGAC